AUGGCUUCAUUUACGGAAAACGGUGUUUCUUCUGAGAACAGAUUUGCACCUGCAGUUGACGCAUUUCCACGAGAUCAAAAUCCUACGCCUUCGGAAAUUUUGGGACAUCUAACUACGUCGGACGUCAGUUCCGGUUCUACGUCAGCUUCACAGAAUGUUAAUGCUUCCAGUUUGAGAAAUGGUCCGGUGUUAAAUAAUUAUCAGCCCGAUAAAAAUAAGUCAAGUGGGUUGGAUAGGUUUCAGAAUUCAUCCGUUGAUGCACCAAGUGGUUGGAUGUCAGAUGCAAGAGACGCACAACCUUUGUACAUGGAUGGUGGUUCCUUUGCAGAGAAUCCAGAUGGGCCUUUUAAUAGUUGGAAGAAAUGUCCAGGCGAUUUGCAACAAUACCGGUGUUACGUGGAAAAUGGAACAUCUGAAAAUCAGGUUCUAGGCGGAUUGCAUAACAAUGAAUAUUCGCUUAUGCAGCCACCAGAUGUAUCAAUUAAUGGGAAUAUCAACAUGCCUAAUUUCUCCGAGGGCAGAUCUAAUGCCUCCUGGUGUCAUCCUACCGGAUGGCCUAACGAUCCAGGUUUAGGUCCAAGUGGGGAUCGAAGCUGUAUUGAUUGGCCCAAGUCCCUACAAAAUCAAUUCCCAGAAGUCAAUUCCUUCUUCCCAGAGAGAAGCUGGCGUUUGCGUACCACUAGUGAAAACGAUGCAAUCGCGAACAAGGGCUCUCAACCGACAAAUAAUCGAUCUGAAACUCAACAACAUCAACCCCAGCAACAGCAUCACCAUAGACGAAAAGGCCGGACAGCAUCUGGAUCAAGUAAUUCUCCCAUUACGGACGCUUCUCCGAAUUCUGAUGAUAAUCGGAGUAUCAACCUUCCCAUCGGUCAGAAUGUCAAUACAUCCGACUUUGAUAUUCAAAAUUGUCUCGUAGAAAGUAUGGCACGGUUGUCUCUCAUGCCAGAUAUCUCCGCAGCUGUGGUACAAAGACCCCCUGUUAUGUCUACUGCCAAUUCAUCCGAUUCAAUGGCUCAAUUUAUGCUGGGUGCACAGGCAUCUCUCGCUAACAUAAUGGAAAAGUCUCCGUUUUUCGCAAAUAGUUCGACACCUAUUUACUGGAACACAGGAGGAAGUCAAGAUGGAGUAUAUAAUCAAAAAUUGAAUCCUUAUCACCAUCAAAGGCCCUCUACAUCUGAUCAAUAUACUCAACACGAUACUUUAGCCGGCACUUUCAGAGGUUAUCCUGGCUCAACGCCAGGGAAUUAUAACUUCGAUCAACAACAACAGCAAGCGCAACAGCAAUUUCCGAGUCGUGAAGAUGAUUGUAUAUGGUAUUACCAAGAUCCAAAUGGUCGAAUUCAGGGAGGAUUUAGCAGCGAACAAAUGGCUAACUGGUUUGCUGUCGGUCGGUAUUUUACUCCCCAACUGCUAGUACGUCGAAAAUGUGAUGAUACACUAUCCACCCUUCAGAGUUACAUCGAUAUGUACGGUGAAGUACCUUUUUCCAGUAAAGUCAAAGUUCCACCAGUUCAUGGAGGAAUAACGCCCGAUCUCAUUAACUACAAUCGAACUCUUCAAAACCCCUCUUCCUUCUCAACGGACCUCCUUGCACAGAUGGAAAAAGAUCCCAAUUGUCAGAAGCUGCUGACAAGCACUGGCAUUCCCUGUUAUCGUCAAUGGAAAGGGUACUGUCUGUAG